GGCCAUGGCAUGGAUGCGGUUACCAACCCGAAACAAUCCAGUAUUCUGUUCAAUCUUCAAUCACCUACAUUUCCAGAAAUCGAACUCUCCUAAAACCCUAACAAUGGCGGUGGCCGAUUCUAGCUCCAAGCGACCCACUUGCCCAUCUUGCUCCAAACCGACCCGCCUCUGCCUCUGUUCCCGGAUACAGAACCCGCUUCUUGAUAACAAGGUGAGCGUAACCAUUCUUCAACACAGUAAAGAAAAAAAGCACCCUCUAAAUUCUGUUAGGAUUGCAAAACUGGGGCUUAGAAAUGUCAAUGUGGUUACUGUUUCAGAUGUUAAUUUCGGUGCCCGUUUUGUUAUUCGGUUGCUAGAAUCUGAUGGAAUUUUGUAUAGCAAUCAAACCCAGAAGGGUAGUAAUCUGGGUGGAACUAAAGGAGAAGUCCAUCCUGCUCAUGAUUCAAAUUCUACAUUUGCUGCAGAGAGACAUUUAAGUGCUGAAGAACCAUUUAUAUUUGCCACUAUUGGCAAACAUGGAGUCAUUAACGAUCUUGAAAGUAAGUGGAAGCCUCAAACCGAAGCACCAGAAAUGCCAAACUUUGAUCAAUUUUUGGGCUCCCAAAUGGCUGCAGAUGCAUUGGCAAAAGGGUUCAUAGUAAAAAAGUUACAGAAACAGAAACUGAAGGAGAGCAUAAAUUUGGAAGAGUAUGAAGAGUUUGAACUUGUUGUUCCUCCAGGAUCAGUACUUCUAUUUCCAAGCGAUACAGCGGUGGGCAUUGAUGACCUCCAAGCAAUGAAUAUUGGGGUGAAGAAUUUGAUUGUUUUGGAUGGAACAUGGGCAAAGGCAAAGAGGGUGUACAAGGAGAAUCCAUGGCUGAGGCUUUUGCCGCAUCUGAAGCUGGUGAUGGAUACAUUGAGCUUGUUUAGAGAGGUGAGGCGUCAGCCAAAAGCUGCUUGUUUGUCUAGCAUUGAGAGCAUUGUUUAUGCACUGAAGGCAGUAGGGGAGAAUCCUGAGGGUUUGGAUAAUCUUUUGGAUGUUUUGGACUCCAUGGUUGGAGAUCAAAGGCGAUGUAAAGAUGAGAGGUUGCUGCAGCAUGAUCAUUGAGCACAAUCUUCUAUACAAAACUCUGCCCCACAAUAUCUGUCCUUUGUUUAGACAUGAAAUGUUGCAAGUGAAAUGAUAGGAAGGAAAAGAGGACUAAAUAAAAAUGCAUCUUUAAAAACAAUAUUUUCAUAUUUCGGCUCGGUUUGUUUUGUAUUUAGAAAUUGUUUUUAAGUUGGAAAAUGUUUUUUUUCUUGAACAAAAUAAUUUAUUUUUAA